CCGCAAUCUGCAUUUUGUAACCUCCACCCUCCCUAUUGUGUUGCCUUUGGCGCCUUGGUGCUAUAUAAGCCGCGGCGGAGGCCAGAGCGCAGGUUUUGCUGUUGCUGCUGGGGACGUCAAGCGGGGUUGUGGAGCUUCCCGAGGGAGCCGCCGUGCCAUGGAGAUGGAGAAUCGGCUGACGCUGGAGUUGCGGAACAAGAAGCCCGGCGAGGUGAAGGAACUGGUGCUGGACAAUUGUCGCUCGGACGAUGGGAAAAUCCGCGGCCUCUCCUCAGACUUUGAAAACCUCGAGUUCCUCAGCAUGAUCAACGUUAACCUCCUGUCUGUCUCCAACCUCCCUAAGCUCAGCAAACUUCGGAAGCUGGAGCUGAGUGACAAUCGCAUCUAUGGUGGCUUGGAAGUCCUGGCAGAGAAGACCCCCAACCUGACGCAUUUGAAUCUGAGCGGGAACAAAAUCAAGGACAUUAACACAUUGGAACCACUGAAAAAAUUGCCACACCUACGGAGUUUGGACCUCUUCAAUUGUGAGGUGACGAUGCUGAUCAACUACCGGGAGAGCGUCUUUGAGCUGUUGCCUCAGCUGACCUACUUGGACGGCUUUGACGCCAGCGACAAGGAGGCCCCAGAUUCGGAUCCGGAAGCAGACGGUCUGGAUGACGAAUAUGAGGAGAAUGGAGAUGAAAGCGAGGACGACGAAGAAGAGUUUGAGGAAGAACUGGAUGACGAGUUCGUGGAUGAUGAAGAGGACGAGGACGAUCUCGAUGGGGAAGAGGAAGAAGAUGGAGUAGAAGAUGAGGAGGAAGAAGAUGAGGAGGGCGCUGAAGACGAAGAUGAGGAGGAGGGUGAAGAGGAUGUCCCGCAGGGCGAGAAGCGGAAACGAGAACUCGAGGACGAAGGAGAGGAAGUUCCGGCGGAUGAGGAGGAUGAAGACGACGACUGACUCCUCCUCCUCCUCCUCUUGCGAGCCAAUCAGUUCUCCAGACUGUGACUUUUCUCACCCUGGCCUCUACUGUUGUGUCCCACGUGAGACUGUAACAAAUUUCUUCCCGCCCGCCCCGCAAUGGUGUCUCUGCCCCCUCCCCCACACCCCUCUUUGUAUGGCUGCAACUCCCACAGUAUAUUUUUUUAAAACAUAGAAGGGGGGGGGAAAGUGAGUAGGUGUUUUGGAAAAUGUUUUCUCCCCUCCACGGAAUGCUCACUUCUCCUGCGACACCCCCUCCCGCCACUCCCCGUUUGGGUAUUUUGUGACCAAAGGCAUUCUUUGAUUUGAUGAAUUGUAGGGCAACAACCCCACUCCCUCUCCAGCAAUAUAUUUUUCUCCCCUCCCUUGGGCAUUGCCAACGAGAGUGCAGCACGCUUCCCGCACGAAGGACCCCACCUGCCGCCAUCUUUCAGCCAGCGUUCUGAGAAUGUUGUGCACCUUCCGGGCUAAACCUGAACUCGGGUCUCUGUGGCAUCUGGAAGCCUCUUGGCCUGUUGUAGGGAUUGCCGGAGGACUGCCGUGGAUAUGGCGCCUGUUUCAACGAUUGCCGGAUAACCACGGGUUUGCCUGGAGAUGGUUUUACCUCUGCUGAAUUGUUUUAUGCCCUGCUGAAGAGGAGAUAACCCAGUAAGACUGUUAAACCUUCAAAGUGGAUUAUUACUUUGUUUUCAAAGUGUUGCUGUUUUGCUGUAGCUUGCCAGCCCUUGACUGUCAGGGAAUACCCCUGUCCAGUUGGUGUUAUUAGCCCCCCUCUCCAAUAAUUCCCUUUCAGUGCAUAUUAACUCCUUUAGCAAGAAGGGAAAUCGGAGCUGACUGAUUUCUGGCUGUUCCUGGGGGCAGGAUUUAUUUUUGGAGGGUCCCCGGUCAUUCCUUGUCAGUCUUGGGAGUAUUUAAGUCACUCACCUCCCCAAAUCCCCUGCAUCCUCAAAAGAGCAGUGGUUGGCAAAUGCCAUCUUCGUUUGCAAAGAUGCUCGAUGGCCCAAAGAUGGUUUGGAAGGAAGGGAACUGAGUGAGGCAAAGGAGAGUUUAAAUAUUGCUAAUUGUAGUUCUUCCCAUCCUUGAGACGGAGGCCAAUAUAUCGGUGUUGGUGAGGGAGGUGGGAUGAAAAAAAUUGGAGAAAGAUUGACACCCCCCCCCCUUUUUGUGUGUGCAGUGAAUAUCAAGCCUAAAAAAAGAAAGACCCAUCUGAAUUCAGAGCAGCAGUUCGGGCUAGAAUUUUCGUCCUUUCCCUCUCCCCCGCCAUUUUAUCUGGUCAUUUGAGUUUUAUACUUUAGCCCCUAGUUAAGUUUGACUUGUAAUUUCGUUGAAACUAAUUCCCACAGAUUGGGAUUUUUUUGUUGUUGUUGUUGGCGGGGGUGGGGGCAGGCGGGUUGGUCCUUUUCUAUCUAUCUUUUUUUGUUUUGUUUUGUUAAGAAGUUUGGAUAAAACUUGUAAUAAAAGACUGAGUUUUUAAAAA